AAAGAUGGCGGGAAGGGAUGUCACUGUCGGGUGCUACAGAACGCUUACAUGGAGGAGGAGGACGCCUACAACUUUAUAUGUCACGUGAACAACUCCUUUAACAAGUCGGUGCUCGGGUUGUCCAUGUUGACGAUAGGCCUCGCUAUUUCCGUUCUGUGCCUAACAUUCGGUAUAAUGGAGUUCAAUAAUUGCCCCUGUGAACCUCUUCUUCCAUUGUUUCUCACUCUGAAUGGUGCUGCAUUGAUGUUAAAAUGUUUUCUACAAGGUGCCCGUAUUAUGUGCAAUAUCGCACCCCCCGAGGGGGAGAGACACUGCCUAUACACUGUCACCGACAUGUUGACGUUAUUCCUCGUGUUUUGGGGGUUUACAGGCGCUGUCCUAUUGUACAAUCUUCUGAAGAUCGCGCAGACUGAGGACGAGCACGCCAUACACUACUGUGACUACCACCUCCUCAGUAUCGCCAUUGCUGUCGUCACGGUGACGUUCCUCCUCAUCAUCUUCACUAUCGUCUGCUACGCAAUCCUCUGGUUCAUUCACGAUAAAAUGGAGAGCUCGGACAAGUUCAAAGACUUCAUCAUAGAAAGAGAACUGGACAGGCGGAAACCCUCGUUAUGUGUUGUGACCGGGUGAUGAAGGACGCCUAUGGAACGCCUUACUCAGAUAAUAUUUCGCGGAGGUUCAUCUUGCCUUUUGUUAUUGCAAUGUGCUGUUUGUUAUAUUUUUGAUAAAAAAUAGGAGAAAACAAACACA